AAUUUUCUGUCUUUUUUAGCGGAUAGUUUCUCUCUCCGGUGCCGAAAUUUUCUGUUUUAUAUGUUCAAUUGAACUCUCUAGAGUUGUUUAGGUUUUUGCUCCAGCGAAACGUUUCUUUGAUUAAUUUUCCGGCGAACAUUUUCUCUGGUUCUCGCCGGUGAUAUAAUUGUGAGGAGUGAGAUGACGAUUUAAUCCUUUGAAGAGUCACCGGUACUCCUAAUUUUACCAUCAUUCCUUUGAUUCAAAGCUAACCGCCGAUUAUAAAAAAAAUUCAAGCUUUUAACUACAAAUGACAUUUUUUUCUGGUAAUUGAGGAAAAUUGAGUUGUUUGUUACAACUUUUUAGUGUUUCAAAGAUCUGGUCUGCGUUUAUUCGAAGAUUUUUAGUUUCCAAUUUGAUGGGGUUCUUAUUGUGGUGACUUUUCUUGGAGAAUUUUGUGAGGAAAGGUCAUAAACUGUUGACUAUCUAAUUAGACCAUGACCCAAAUUGGGUAGCUUUGAUCUAAUGAGGUUUUUACUUUGAACUUGAUUUGCAAAGCUUUUGGCUCUAGUUAAUCUUGAUCUGGAAUUAGUGAGAUUGUUGAAUCCAUCAAUGUCUUUACCAACUUUGAUCUACUUUUAUCUAGAGUGCAACGACCAUUUCCUAAUAUAGUGGUUACUGCCACAGGCAGUAACCACUGUGGCCUCUAAAAAGCUUCAAAUUCUUUUCCUAGUCACAAAAGUUCUGACAUCAAGGAGUAAACAAAUAGUUGCUGGUGUUAAGUUUUCCAACUGUUUUGGAUCAGAAGAUGGCAGUUUCUUUUCCUCGUUUUUCAUGGAGGUUUUGGGGAGGUAGUAAAGAAAGAGAGCGUCUCUCAAGCAGGCCUUCCCUAAAUUCUUCUUCUGAUUGCAGUUUUGGCUUGAAAGAGCUUGACACUGUCAAUUUUCUUGCUAAAAUGGGCUCAAAACCUGAAAAGGGUAAGGGAAAAUGGGAGAACAGUGAGGAGAGGGGGAUUGAGAGAGACUGUGACAUUGUGUUGGUUACAUCAGAUGGAAUGCAUUUGUCUGGGUAUGAAUCAGAUGGUCCUGAAUGGUCCAUUGGGUGGGAAGAACCACACGGUCCAGGUUUUCAUCGUGGUGAUGAGACUGAUGGUGGAUUUGCAGUGCUGGUUCCUUGUUACAGACCUGGUUGUAAGGAAUUGUUGGAGGGUCCAAAUAACCAGCUCUUGAGUGCAAUGAAGAGCCUUCCAAAUGGUGUCUAUACUGAGGGAAACAACUAUAUGCAGCAGUGGUUUUCAUCUCUUAAGAACUUCUAAAAGCCUAGAACUGCUGACCUUGUGCGCAACCCUCAUUUCUGAAAUAAAUUCGUAAUAUGGGGUGUUUUGAAGAUCUGCCUUUCUUUUACAUAUACUAUAAGAAAUUAGGAAAGCUGGACUGGUAUAAACAGAAGUUGGUAUCUACUUAGAGAUGGGGAACAAGCACACAAAAACCCGAAAGGGAAACUGAAGAAGACAGCAUCAUAUCUAGCACAUGGCUGUUUUUCUCGUUAUAUUUGCCUCCCUAUUUCAGUUGAACCGAUGUUAGGCAAAACCUGGGAGUUGGCAGAAAUUCCUUGUAAAUACUGCUAUUGUGAAUAUGUGAGAAAUUCCCCUGCUUCCAGCUUACUACUGUGAAUAAUUCUGAUCUUUUCUAAAACUCAUCUAUAUGACCAUAUCCAAUCAAUUUAAGCCUCUUAU